UACAGGCUGUGACGUAAUCUUCUAGUGAUGGCGGAGUGUGGUGCGAAGGGAAAUUGUAUCACAGACAUCGUUCGUACAAAUACGAUCUGUGCUUAAUUUUCUGUUUUAGUUGUAAUUCAUUUGAAGCGGGUCGUGAUGGCCCACCGAUAUCUCUUCUUAUCAAGAGGUUGCAGGAACCUUUCCAAGAUAAAUUUACCUCCAAACGUCAGAUCAACAAACUAUGUAACGUUACGACAGGUCUCAAGCCAAGCUGAAACUCAAACUCCCUCUGGUCUUGAAAGAGGAUCCUUGCUCUGGAGUGUUUUAGGUGCCUAUAGAAGACUAUGCUCUAAACCUCCCAAAGGGUUUGAGAAAUAUUUCCCUAACAAGACGAGCCCAAAACACAGUGAACCGAAACCAGCUGAGGCUAAAGAGGCCAAGCCAAGUAAUGCCAACAGAGCUGGUAGGUCCAGUGGUGGUGGUGGUGGCGGCGGUGGUGGUGGUGGUUCGGGAGGAGGAGGAAAAAGAGGAGGAAGAAAAGAUGAGAGUUCCUGGUUUAGCCGUCUCCAGAAGGGUGAAGUGCCAUGGGAUGACAAAGAGUUCCGUGCUUUUUUCCUGAGCGGAGCUGCUUUUUGGACAGUUAUCACUUAUUACUUCUUUUUCCGAGAUGGUGGGAGGGAAGUUACCUGGAAAGACUUUGUGAACCUGUAUCUCUCCAAAGGCGUUGUUGACAGAUUAGAGGUUGUCAACAAACGGUAUGUCAAAGUGGUAUUUGCCCCAGGAAAGACCCCAGUUGAUGGACAAUAUGUCUGGUUCAACAUUGGGAGUGUGGACACAUUUGAGCGUAACCUGGAGACAGCCCAGAUAGAGAUGGGCAUUGAAGGGGAGAACAGGCUCCCAGUUGUCUACUCCACUGAGAGUGAUGGGUCCUUCCUCCUCAGCAUGCUGCCCACUGUGCUGAUCAUCGGCUUCCUGCUCUUCAUGCUCCGCCGUGGUCCUGCAGGAGCUGGCAGACCGGGCAGGGGCAUGGGCGGCCUGUUCAGCGUGGGCGAGACCACCGCCAAGGUGCUCCGUGACGAGAUCGACAUCAAGUUCAAGGAUGUGGCGGGCUGCGAGGAGGCCAAGCUGGAGAUUAUGGAGUUUGUCAACUUCCUCAAGAACCCCAAACAGUACCAGGACCUUGGAGCAAAGAUCCCCAAGGGUGCUAUUUUGACUGGUCCUCCUGGAACCGGGAAAACGCUGUUGGCUAAGGCCACUGCAGGAGAAGCCAACGUGCCCUUCAUCACUGUCAAUGGGUCAGAGUUCCUGGAGAUGUUUGUGGGCGUGGGUCCAGCCAGGGUGCGGGACCUGUUUGUACUGGCACGUAAGAAUGCCCCCUGCAUCCUGUUCAUAGACGAGAUCGACGCAGUGGGGAGGAAGCGAGGCCGUGGUAACUUUGGAGGGCAGAGUGAGCAGGAGAACACUCUCAAUCAGUUACUGGUGGAAAUGGAUGGCUUUAACACAGCGACUAAUGUAGUUGUCCUGGCUGGAACUAACAGACCAGACAUCUUGGACCCGGCACUAAUGAGGCCUGGUCGCUUUGACCGACAGAUUUACAUAGGUCCUCCAGAUAUCAAAGGCAGAGCCUCCAUAUUCAGAGUGCAUCUCAGGCCCCUUAAGCUAGAUGCAGAGGUGGAUAAAGAUGCUCUGGCCAGGAAAAUGGCUGCUCUCACUCCUGGUUUCUCAGGUGCGGACAUUGCCAACGUCUGCAAUGAGGCAGCGCUGAUUGCUGCCCGUCACCUCUCCGAUGCCAUCAACCCGAAGCACUUUGAACAGGCCAUCGAACGUGUGAUUGGAGGUCUGGAGAAGAAGACCCAGGUGCUGCAGCCUGAGGAGAAGAAGACGGUGGCAUACCACGAGGCUGGCCACGCUGUGGCCGGCUGGUACCUGGAGCACGCUGACCCCCUCAUCAAGGUGUCCAUAAUCCCGCGUGGGAAGGGCUUAGGGUACGCCCAGUACCUGCCCAAGGAGCAGUAUCUGUACACUAAGGAGCAGCUGCUGGACAGGAUGUGCAUGACGCUGGGGGGACGCGUGUCCGAGGAGAUCUUCUUUAGCCGCAUCACCACCGGUGCACAGGAUGACCUCAAGAAGGUCACGCAGAGUGCCUACGCUCAGAUUGUGCAGUUUGGCAUGAAUGAAAAGGUGGGCCAGGUGUCGUUUGACCUGCCCCGUCAGGGCGAGAUGGUGCUGGAGAAGCCCUACAGCGAGGCCACCGCCCGUCUGAUCGACACAGAGGUGCGCAUCCUCAUCACCGAGGCGUACGAGCGCACCACCAAGCUCCUCAAAGAGAAGAAGGCGGAAGUGGAGAAGGUGGCACUGCGUCUCCUAGAGAAGGAAGUCCUGGACAAAAGCGACAUGGUGGAGCUGCUGGGGCCACGGCCGUUUGCCGAGAAGUCCACCUAUGAGGAGUUUGUGGAGGGCACAGGCAGCAUGGAGGAGGACACCUCUCUGCCCGAGGGCCUCAAGGACUGGAACAAGGAGCGCAGCAAGGACAAGGAGGAGAGCACCGAGGAGCAGGUGGCGCGGCAGAUUACCGGUGGCAUGCCCUUCUAGAAGCCUCACCUCCUCAGGUGGGACUGCAACCAGUGGGGAAGGUCUGGACAGGUGGACUUGUGGCUGUACAGAGUGGCCUGGGGUGCUGUCUAAGGGGGA